AAAGCCAUAAUACAUACAUUUUAAAAUGUCUUUGACAUAAUGGUGAUAAAACUAAUAUAUUAUAUAUAAUAAAAAAAUUAACUAAAAAAAUAAAUAAUUAAACAGAAUUAAUGAAUGAAUGUCACGUGACCGUAUACUAUAUAUAUCCGAUGACCGUUAUAAUUUGUAUCAGAUGACCGUUGUGAUUUCCUCAGCCUACUGUACUCUCAACUUUUUUUGAUUAAUUUUCCCACAUUAAUAACCUGUAAAUAGCUCCAACUGUAUAUAUUACGUUCCUGUUCAGUCGUUACACGUUUUUUUACUUUGUUGUUUUUCUAGUUCAUUAUUAGUCGGCUUUAAGUUUGUUUGUAGUUUGUCUUCAGUUCGGCGAGUUGUUGGCUGGCAGUUCUUAAAAAAAAAAAAAAGAAAAAAAAAGAAAAAUGUACCUAAUAGUGGAGUUUGAGGGAGAAGGGACGACUGGACCAGUUGCCAAGUCCUGGUAUGCUGACGGAUACUCUUGGUGGCCACCAUAUAAAGACAUUGACAGGCUGUUAAAGAGUGUUAAAAUCAUGGAGACACCACAGCCAGAGAAGGGGUGGACCCGGCAUAAAACAAGAAUCCUGCACGAGUCAGCAUCUUUUCACAAUGUAGCCAACAACUGGAAGAAGGCCAGUUAUACAUCCGACAUAAAUUCAGAACCUGAAAUUGCUGGAAAAAGGAUUCCAAAAAAGAAACUGUGCUCCAACCACAUCUACUCAUCGGAUGAUGAGGCACCAGAACAACCACCUCUUAAAAAAAGAAAAAGUGCAGACAAAGAAAGUCUUCCACCAGCACCAAAGCCUCCUUCAAUUCCAAAACGCACAAAGAAAAAAGGUCCUGUUGUGCAACCUCAGGUUUUGCAGAGCAGAGCUGUAAACUCUUUAAGCAACUCAUUUGUCAAUCAGCAACAAUGUGAUAUGGAAGACCAACAGCAGACCUGGUGUGAGAGUCUCCCCAGCUUUCAAGCUCCAGUGCGUGUUUCUCAGCCAGACCAUCACGGAGACGGUUGGAGUGUUGAUCCACCUAACACACAAGAGCACACCUUUUCUGUCAUGAGACCCUCAGGGGACCACCUUGGACGAACGCAGACGACUGUGGGCAUCUCUCAGGCAGACCAUCACGGAGCCGGCUGGAGUGUUCAUCCACCUAACACACAAGAGCACACCUUUUCUGUCCUGAGACCCUCAGGUGAGCACCAAGGAAGAACACAGACGACUGUGGGCAUCCCUCAGCCAGACCAUCACGGAGCCGGCUGGAGUGUUGAUCCACCUAACACACAAGAGCACACCUUUUCUGUCCUGAGACCCUCAGGUGAUUGUGACCACCAAGGAAGAACACAGACGACUGUGGGCAUCUCUCAGGCAGACCAUCACGGAGCCGGCUAUGGUGUUGAUCCACCUAACACACAAGAGCACACCUUUUCUGUCCUGAGACCCUCAGGUGACCACCAAGGAAGAGAACAGAGUACUUCUGGUGUGAGACAGGAAAAUCCAGUCUUGCGUCUGGUUCCAAAUCAAUGUACAUCUGUAGAAAGGGCCAUUCUAGAAACACUAGAGAAAAUGGACAUGAAGAUCAACCACCUGACUUCACUGGUCCAGUCUCUAGUGGGAAACAGGCGCUUUUUACCCCCAGUGGCAGUGCAAAAUGAUGAGGAAGAUGGAAUCUUUCCUCUAGCAUCCACUGAGGAUCUAGACCGGCUGGAGCAAAGUCUGUCAGACAGAGGAUUUAUGCAGAGAAUGGUGAACAGAUUAUCCAUCAGCGGCGGGCCAACAAUGAAGAAGACCGUCUGGAGAAUCUGCUCCAAGGUCUUCAGCACCAAUGUUGCCCGUCAACUGAACUGGUGUGGGAGAGGAGACAAGCGGGGGAUGAGAAAGACAAAUAUCGGGUCACUGUUAACCGGUAAGUUCAAAUGUUGUACAUGCAUUAGAUCCAAUGGCGGGAAGUUACAGCGUUAAGUUAAAUAAGUACUUGGCUAACAUGUUCAUGAGUCAAACAUAAUCAAACAUGUGGUAAAACCAACAGCAAAGUGCCAUUUUAAAAAAUAGUUAGCAAAUAUAAUGGCUUUGUUUAACGAACCUUGGGUUAACCGAUCAGUUGCCCACAGAAACUCACUCGUUAGUAGCUAACUAACAGGUGAUUAUCAUGAUCAAUCUAAUCAACAUAACGUCAUUUCAAGGUUAUUGUAUAAUCGAUCACAGAGACCACACAAUUAGUAUUAAAAUAUAUUUGUUUUAUACUUACCUUAAGCACAUUUUCCCUCACAACUCGUCAGGACACGUGUCUUCUCCACGCAGCAUCAGCGUAGACUCGCGCAGGAAGAGAACUCGCUGAUAGGCUCUCUCUUUGACAGAUUUAUUUGUUUUAAAAAAUAAAGUGUUUUUGUUUGUUUGUUUUUUUACAUGCCGCUUCAGCCAUGAGGAAUCCCAUCCUGCCGUCACCAACGGAAGCAGAGGCGGAGAAAUAUAUCAAAGAUUUCCUCCGCUUGGCCCCAGGGAGGGUGUAAUUGUUUAUUUAAUU